AUGGAUAUCAUAUUUAUAAGACAGGACAACGAGGAUACUUGUCUCAGCACCAACUCCUACAAUGGGAAGUACUGGCCAGCGAGAGUGUCAUCAGUCCCGGUAUUGUUUGUGGUGUCGGCGUUGGGAUCAUUCACGCCAUUGUUGGCAGCGUAUUCUACCAGAUUUAGAGUACCAAGGUGGAUAUUUGAUGCCAUAAAGUAUUUUGGAAGUGGAGUGAUCAUAGCCACUGGAUUCAUCCAUUUGAUGGCAGAGGCGGCUGCUAACCUUGGAAAUAAAUGCUUGGGUCCUCCAUUUACCAACUAUCCGUUUGCUGAAGGUAUUGCAUUGAUUGGUGUAUUUUUCAUAUUCUUUUUCGAUGUUGUAGCCCACCAGCGACUAUCAGUUAAAGCGAAAGCUUACUUGGAAGCGGAAAAGAAUGGCGACACGCUGUUGGAAUUUGAGUCGGUUGGUCGACUGCAAAGUGAGACUCUACCAGAGGAGGAUCAGGAAUCGAACCUGUCGAAGCACACAAAUGGAUCAACUGAAAUAAGGGAGGUGGAUAAACGAGAUUUGUCUAAGCUUGAGAGCAUAUACCAAAAGAUUUUGAAUUGCGUGGUGUUAGAGUGUGGUAUUGUAUUACACUCGAUUUUCGUAGGGUUGUCAUUGACUAUAGCUGGGGACGAUUUUGUAACGCUUUACAUUGCUAUUGCCUUCCAUCAAUUUUUCGAAGGCUUGGGUCUCGGUACUAGAUUUGCCACCACGCAAUGGCCCAAGGGGAAAAGAUAUGUUCCAUGGGUUAUGUCACUAGCUUACAGUUUGACCACGCCGUUCGCAUCAGGAAUAGGCUUAAUAGUACGUGGCAGCUAUCCUGCAGGAUCAAGAACAGCAUUGAUCACCACGGGAGUUUUUGACGCAGCUUGUGCGGGAAUACUAAUUUACAAUAGUAUUGCUGAAUUAAUGGCAUUUGAUUUCAUGUAUUCAGGAGAUUUCAAAAAUAAGCCGGCAAAAGAGCUAUUGAUUGCAUUUUUCUACUUAACUUUAGGGGCCUUUGUAAUGGCACUAAUUGGAAAAUGGGCAUAG